AUGUCCCAAGUGAGAGAACCUCUUCCUCCGGGGCCUGAAGGGCCAGAGCAAGCUCCGGCUGAAAACAGCUCUUUGAUCUCUCUCCCUCGAGAAAAAACUGACCAAGAGAAUACUGUGGCAGGAGAUAAAGACAUAAAAGAGCCUUCCAGUAACCAAAGCAUACAACCAGAGAUACAAGACCAGUCUGUCUGGGGAAAUCGCACUGAUGGUGACCUCAUCAGAACACAACCUCAACGUUUGCCUCAACCGAAUAGUUCAGCACUGGAAAGGGGUGAGGAAGAAAGUGGCAAAAUCCAAAAUGGCCACGUGAGUCUGAGUAAUGGAAGUGGAAUUCACAACGGGGUCAAGCAUGCACCUGCAGACAACAGAAAGCUUUCGGCUCCUGUUUCAGAAAAAAUGCACAGAAAAAUUCAAUCCACCUUGUCUGUCAACAGCAACAGCAGCAAGAAGAGUAAAAUAAGCUCUGCAUUUUCUCAAAAGCCAGGUACUUCACCUGAAGAUUGCUGUGUUCACUGUAUCCUGGCUUGCUUGUUCUGUGAAUUUCUCACCCUCUGUAACAUUGUUCUGGGACAAGCAUCCUGUGGCAUCUGCACAUCGGAGGCCUGCUGCUGUUGCUGUGGGGAUGAGAUGGGGGAUGACUGUAACUGCCCAUGUGACAUGGACUGUGGCAUAAUGGACGCAUGUUGUGAAUCUUCAGAUUGCUUGGAGAUCUGCAUGGAAUGCUGUGGGAUCUGCUUCCCAUCCUGAAAUAUUUAUCCUGUUUUAUUUUAUUCUCUAUAAAACUGGAGAGCUUCUCUUUAAAUACAUUUGAAGAAAGACAAGGUAAGAUUUUCACACAACCAACUGAUAUUGCACUGUUAAUUCCCUAUAUAUAAUUUUGGGUUUUUUUAAAGCAAUCCUCAAAUCUGUAUUCUAACACAAAUUGUGUAGUUUUGUAUGUGAAGCUCAAGCUACAUUCCAGCUUCCUUUUGGCUUUGCAAAUGGAAGACUUUAUUGAAACCAAAUUAUAGGCCUGAUAUUGCAGGUUGUAUGAGGGCAAAAUUCCCAUUCAAAUUGAAUGACAGGUUUUGGUCAGAGAAGGGGUUACAGGGCAAAGCCUUAAGUAUUUACCUUUACCUACUUUAAUGUUUAAAUGGUCAAAUGCCUCUAUGCAUAACGUGACUUUACAGGCAUUCUGAAAAGCAAAAUGUCUUUAUUUCAAUAUCUUUGGGU